CCCUCCACUUCUGCUUGCUUCCCUGGUGAGCUCCAGGGAUGGUCUGCGGGGCUGCUGCUCCCCUCUUUUCCAUGUUUGCCUCACCUGCCUGUGGGACCACUGUAGCUUCCCCAGAGCCUUUGUUAGUAUUUGCCUUGGGGCAGGGGCUGUCUUCUUGCUGUCAGUGUGUACAGUGCCGAGUGUGAUAGGGCCCUGAUUCAGGGUCCCAGGUAGGGACCAAAGCCCCAGCAUGCUGGGUGACUAUACACAUGCAGGAAGAAGACAGAGUCCAUUCAAGGAACUCACAGUCUGCAUAGAGCAGAACUGACAAGUGGAGACAGGCAGAGUGGAUGAUUCUGAACAGUAUCUUGCUGGGCUCUCUCCCUCAACCUGCAGCGUCCAUUUUACUAGUCCAGGAGAUGUGCAGCCUGAGUGUAUUCAUGGUGCAGAUCAAGCCCAGGUGUGAACAGGGCCAAUCUCCUCUCACUGCCUUUCUGACAUGCCUCCCCUCAACCUGGAGGGACCCUCUGUGGAGCAAGAAGGAGAGAGCGCUCUCUGCGAUCCCACCCUGGGCCUCUCUGGUGCUGACCGCAAACCAGGUGGUAGUUAGGAGAUGAAGAACUGGACCGAGACCCUCUUUACUCAUGUUGCAUUGGCCCCACACAGACUUCACAGGGAAAGGUGAUUUCCAAUCCCUGUGGCAAGUUAUCUCAUCAUGCUGCUGGCUUGAAGCCCUGCUGGCAUUUGGCCUGGAGUGCCCCGCAUCUGUCUGUGCAACUUUAUCCAGACUGUCAGGCAUAGCUAGGCCGCUGGGGUUGGAACAAUAGCAUCUCUCUGGUAAUGUCGUGCUGGCAGCCCAGGCUGAGUCCUAACCCCCAGUUAGGCCCAGCUGUGGGUGCCAGUGCUAAUGGUGGGGGUGGUUGCUGUUGGAUGUGGCUGGAGAAUCCAAAGGGUUACAGCAAAAGCAGGGCGCUGAAUGCGGAGCAGGUUGUGCCUGGGGUGCUGUUAGGUACAUGUACAUUUACUGUGCACAAAGGGACUUGUGUUGGAGACAGUGUGGUCUAGUGGGUAGAGCACUGGACUCAGGUGACCUGGGUUCUACUCCUGGGUCUGCAACUGGCCUGCUGGGUAACCAUGGGCAAGUCAUUUCCUCCAGCUGUGCCUCAGUUUCCCCAAUUAUAAAUGGGGCUUCUGAUCCUGACCUCCUUUGCAAAGUGCUCUGAGCUCUACUGAUGGAAGUGCCACAUGAGAGCUAGGGAUUAUUAGGAUUUGCUUAACUCAAGCUCUCCUUGCAUGAGUAUUAGCCACACGCUCAUUACCACGCCCUGUGUCCCUUCUGUACCAACCUCAUGCACUCUCAGAACCUUCCCCCAGCCACCAGGGUGCCCUUGGACUAGGCCUGCUAUGCGUCCAAGCAGGAGACACCCCUUUGUUCUGUCUUGCUAGCUGGCCAGGGAAGCUGCUCAGCAAAUAUGAUCAGCUUCUUCUGGUGUGUGGGUUUUGUUCUGUUCUUUCACUCACACAUAAACUCCUUGGGGGGAAAAGGAUCUUAAAAGCUCCAGGUGUUUUAAGGAAGUUAGCAGGACCAAUGGGACCCCACUCGCUUUUCCUAAGGAGGAAUUGCAGAAGCUAGAGAGGGAUGAGAUCUCCAUCUCCCAGGGAUUGAUCCCUCCAGGAGAUUUACAGAAGAGCAGGGAGUCCUGACUCCCCAGUCUGCUGCCAAGGGUACUAAGUAUGUCUUACACCCAGACCUUUUCAAAGCAGUGUCAGUUACAUCCAGAAAUAUGCUGCCUUGUAUUCCUGUCAGGCCACAUGGCACUUGCUUGCUUUUCAAUUGCAUUGGAGAAAAAGAGGGCAUGGCUUUCAGUGAAAGGCGGGGGUGUGGUCAGGACCAAAUCCUGCCCUCUAUUGGUUGCAUUCCAACAGCUGCAGGGUGGGGAAAACAGUCAACUGAGAAAGAGCAAGUUGGAAGCUGCCCAAAGGAGCUGUAAAGUGCCCAUUGCCUACUGGGCACACAGGAGAGCAGAGCAGAUGUGGAUACUGCUGCAAAACUAAGAGCGUGAAGGAGGGGCUGUUACUGAAGCAGACGAGCUCCUUCCAGAGGUGGAAGAGGCGAUACUUUAAGCUGCGGGGCCGGACACUGUAUUAUGCCAAGGACUCUAAGUCAUUGAUUUUCGAUGAAGUGGACCUCUCUGACGCCAGCGUGGCAGAGACCAGCACCAAGAACAUUAACAACAGCUUCACGGUGAUCACACCGUUCCGAAAGCUCAUCCUGUGUGCCGAGAACCGGAAGGAGAUGGAAGACUGGAUCAGUGCCUUGAAAUCCGUGCAGAAGUGGGAAAUCAAUGAGGCCACGCAGUUCAACAUGGAACAUUUCUCUGGGAUGCAUAACUGGUACGCCUGCUCCCAUGCCCGACCCACUUUCUGCAACGUGUGCCGCGAGGCCCUGUCAGGGGUCACCUCCCAUGGCCUCUCCUGUGAAGUUUGCAAGUUCAAAGCCCACAAGCGCUGUGCUGUGAGAGCCACCAACAACUGUAAGUGGACCACGCUGGCCUCCAUAGGAAGUGACAUCAUCGAGGAUGAAGAGGGGGUAGCCAUGCCCCAUCAGUGGCUGGAGGGAAAUCUGCCCGUGAGCGCUCGGUGUGCCGUGUGCGACAGGACCUGUGGCAGUGUACGGCGGCUGCAGGACUGGAGGUGCCUCUGGUGCAAGGCCAUUGUUCACAGCGCCUGCAAAGAGCUCUUUGGGAAGAAGUGCCCCCUGGGGCAGUACAAGGUCUCCAUAAUCCCGCCAACUGCCCUGAACAGCAUCGACUCAGACGGCUUCUGGAAGGCCACCUGCCCCUCGUCCUGCUCCAGCCCGCUGCUGGCCUUCGUCAACUCCAAGAGCGGCGACAACCAGGGUGUGAAGUUCCUGCGCAAGUUCAAGCAGUUCCUCAACCCGGCGCAAGUCUUUGACCUGAUGAACGGGGGCCCUCACCUCGGCCUGCGGCUCUUCCAGAAGUUCUCCACCUUCCGGAUCCUGGUCUGUGGGGGAGAUGGCAGCGUGGGCUGGGUUCUCUCCGAAAUCGAUGCACUGGGAUUGCACAAGCAAUGCCAGCUUGGUGUCCUGCCGCUGGGGACGGGCAAUGACCUGGCGCGGGUGCUGGGUUGGGGCAGUCUCUGUGAUGAUGAUACCCAGCUGCUGCAGGUCCUGGAGAAGCUGGAGCGGGCCAGCACCAAGAUGCUGGACAGGUGGAGCGUCCUGACCUACGAGGCGCCCAAGCAGUCGCCCCCUGCCAUCAAAGAGGAGGAGAAUGGGGAUUCCUGUAUCCAGGCCCAGAUCUCUCACUACGCCGACUCCGUGGCCUUCCACCUGGCCAAGAUCCUGGAAUCCGACAAGCACUCGGUUGUGAUUUCCUCUGCAAAGUUCCUGUGCGGAACGGUGAACAACUUUGUGGCCGAGGUUGGCAAGGCCUAUGAGAGGGCCAUCGAGAACAAGCAGGAGGCUGACACCAUGGCUCGGAAGUGUGCGAUGCUGAAUGAGAAGCUGGACUCCCUGGUGCGGGAGCUGAACGAUGAAUCACAGGCAAUCGUUGUCCCUGAGGGGAGCUCGCAGACUGCCCCACCCGGCCCUGGGGCCAAGGAGAGCAGCAGGGGGGGCAGCUUCAACCCAAGCCCUGUGCCCAGGAUCUUCAAAUCCAAGGAGCAGCUAAUGCUGAGAGCCAACAGCCUCAAGAAGGCCCUCCGGCAGAUCAUUGAGCAGGCAGAGAAAGCUGUGGAUGAGCAGAACAAGCAGACUCAAGCUUAUCGGAGCAUCACGGCUUCCGGCAAGAAGGACAGCUUGGAAGAGUUCAGCAAAGAGACCGAAAUCCUUGGUUCCCGGCGUGGUACGGUGACCUCCACUACGUCGUCCAUCCUCCUGGAUAGACCUGACAGCUUCAGCACCAUCCAUUUCACCGAGGAUCCCAACACCAUACAAUUCUCCGAAAGAUGCGUCAUGAAUAACUACUUUGGCAUAGGCCUGGAUGCCAAAAUCUCUCUGGAGUUCAACAACAAACGGGACGAGCACCCCAAAAAGUGCAGCAGUCGCACCAAGAACAUGAUGUGGUAUGGAGUGCUGGGGACCAAGGAGCUUCUGCAGAGGACCUACAAGAACCUGGAGCAGCGAGUCCAGCUGGAGUGUGACGGGGUGACCAUCUCCUUGCCCAGUUUGCAGGGGAUUGCCGUGCUCAACAUCCCCAGCUAUGCUGGUGGCAUCAACUUCUGGGGCGGCACAAAGGAGGAUAAUAACUUUGGGGCGCCCUCCUUCGAUGAUAAGAAGCUGGAGGUGGUUGCUGUCUUUGGCAGUAUCCAGAUGGCCAUGUCACGAGUCAUCAACCUGCAGCAUCACCGCAUCGCCCAGUGUCGGAUGGUGAAGAUCACGAUCCGGGGAGACGAGGGCGUCCCAGUGCAGGUGGAUGGAGAAGCUUGGAUCCAGCCUCCAGGGAUCAUCAAAAUCCAACACAAGAACCGAGCCCAGAUGCUAACAAGAGACAGGGCCUUUGAAAGCACCCUGAAGUCGUGGGAGGACAAGCAGAAGGGCGAGGGCUACCGAGCCCUGGCGCGGCCCCGCCUCAACUCCCAGCAGUCCAUGGAAUACCUGACCGACGAGGAGUAUGGCCAGAUGCAGCAGAUGGCUCACGCUGCGGAAACCCUCAUCACCAGGAUCCGCGAGGCAGCCACAACCCACAAAGCCAUGGAACAGGAGCUGGCCCAUGCCGUGAACGCCUGCUCCCUGGCCCUGAAUGAGGCCUUUCCCAACAAGAGCAGCAGCGGGCCUGAGUUUCUGAGCAGAAAUGUGGCCGUGGAUGUGUCAGUUAGCGUGAAAGCCCUUUACACUGAAACCAGAGCUUUUCUGGAAGGAAAACUGCAGCUGGACUCCCCACAGCAAGAGGAGGGGCUGCAGAGAGCCCUGAACACCGUCAGCCAAGAGCUCCAGAGGCUGCCUGACAUCCACUGGCUGGCGCCCAUCAUCAACUCUGCCGAGGAGGAGAGCUCCGAGAGCAGCAGCAAGAGCAGCCUGAAGCUACGGAUCAACAUUCCCAAGCCCAAGAAGGACAAGGAUAAGUUUCAGAAGCUGAAAUCCAACAGCAUGGUCCCAGUGGAGAAAUGGGGCGCUGAGGAGGUGGCGGCCUGGCUGGACACGCUUGGCUUAGGGGAAUACAAAGACAUUUUUUUCCACCAUGACAUCCAGGGCUCAGAGCUGAUCCUGCUGGAGAGAAGAGACUUGAAGGAUCUGGGGAUAACAAAGGUGGGCCAUAUGAAGAGGAUUCUCCAGGGAAUUAAAGACAUCAGCAGCCAUCCCUAGCAAAGUAUAUAAAGGGAAAAGAAUGCAGCCAGUGACCGUGAUGAGGAAUCUUAAUUCUGGAUGGGCCCUCUAGAACCUGAAAUCUAGAACAGGCACUCUAGAACACUAGCAACUUCACAGUCAUUCUAGAACGCUAAACACCUAGGCAUCUGUUCUCGAGCAUGUUUGUUCCUGAUGCAGAUGCAUCCCAUCAGCAAACGGCCCAGAACGGGAUGCUGUGGAAUCCUUACACUAGAACAUUUCUCAUCGCCACUCUCAAGCGUGCCCCUGAAGAGUUUACAUUUCCAUGUUUGCCAAAGAUCAUUGGUCUGUGCGUCUUUGCCCUUGAUUGCCCUUGUGGUUUUGGUUUCUGUGCUUGAUGGUUUCAGGUCAGCAGUUCAUUUUCGUACGUACCUGUGAGCAAGAAGGAAGGAUCAAGCUGUAUGUGUGCUGCUGGGGUUGCCAGGUUUCCAUAGCAGCUGAAUCACAUUUAGUUGGCUACUUUCAGGCUUCAAUGUGAAGGAGACGGAGUCAGGUGAGAGCAGGCAGCCAGCAGCAAGUGGUGAGGUGCGAGCAAACGCCAUGAAAUGGCCAGAUCUGUGAGACUACGGCGCCAGCUGGAGCCCAUCGGAGGCAGAACACUCGACAGUGUCAAAGGCUACGAGUCCUCAUGUCCCACCUUCAGGGAGGGACAGUGCCUCUUUGACAGGGCUAUGGGGGAAUGGGCACUAGGGCAUGCCUCACCGGCACCAUGGCUUUUCUAGUCUUCAUUUCAAAGCUGUGAUACGUUUGGGCUCGUGGCAGCGUAUCCUGUCCUGGAAGGGUACAGUGCAUGCUGGGCCACCUUUCCUGCCCGCGUCUCGUCCAAAGGCCGCUCAGAGCAGCGUGUGUAUAUAUUGCUUUAGUUUGCCAGUUUCCUGCCUAUGGAAUGUAGCUGGUUCCUCCAGCAGUACUGGGCGUAUUGGGUUGUCUGCUGAGACAACUGGACCCUUGUCCUGGCCCACCGGCCCUCAUUCCUCUUGGCUUGGUUGUUUUGAGCCAGAGGUGAUGGAGAUCCCUUUAGCCUCACGGCACUACAUGGGUAGCAUGUUGGUUCCCUCCUCUGAAUACCAAAUCUCUUGGGUUCCAGAACCUGAAACUCAUCAUAGGCCGACCUGACUCGCAUUGAUCCCAGGGGCACGUUAACCUCGUGAGCCACACCUGAGAUCAGGCCUCCCACUGUCCGUCCCACCCAAAGGCAGCUCACGUUCCCUGCCACCAUUCAGUGCCAUUCAAGAGGCUUCUGCGAAGUAAAAAUGGGGAACUCAAGGCUCCUCCUAGCCUGGAGCAGAGGAUGGGGCUCCUUCCGGGCAUCGAGGGGGACCAGCUUACGCAGGCUCGAGAACCUUCUGACAUUUCAAUAUGGCAGCUUUGGAAGUUGUAAUAGUGAAAUACACCACACAAAAAAAAACAAAACCCCAACCUCCCACCCCGCUCCACUGUUGUUCAGCCAUAAAAUGUAUUUAAACUCUGUAAAUAGUUUCAGAGAAAACAUAUUUAUUGCAGUGAGAUGUAAACCUGUAAUUUAUUCUGUCCUGGAUUGAACUGGACUAGGUUGGUGCAGCAGGUACUCCAGCCUCUGACAAUUACCAGCCACCAAUGCUCCUCUGGUAGUCGGAGGCCUCUGAUCUCUUCCUCGCGGUUUGAUGUUAAUUUGGAAAAAUUGCCCUGCUCAAUGUAAUAAAGAGUCACCUCCCAGCUUCAUUGCCCCAGAACAGUGAUACAAAAGGAAGAGGCAGUCAUGAAGGUGGGAGGAAAUUAUUUGAUUUUGAAAAAAUCUCCUUGAAAUAUUGAAAAACUGGUAAAAAAGUUUCCCACCCCUUGUGAUGUCGUCUAAUCAGCUCUAUAAUUGACCCAUCCCCAGGCCUUUGUGAGGAGCCAGCAUUAAACCCUCCCACUCACUGGGAAAGGUGAGAAAUCACUUAAACUUAAGUCCAAAAUUUCAAGCAACUGCCCAUUGUGGAUGUCCGAUGUAAGCUGCCUGGAGAUUGAUUAUUCCAGAGGGGCUAACAGCUCACACCUUCUGCUGAUGCCUGCUGGCGUGGCAGGGCCCAGCAUUUGUGAGAAUCAAACUCAGGGUGCUUCCUGUUGGACACCCAAAAGGAGUGGCCACUUUUGAAGAGGUGAGCUUUCCCAUUACACUGAGACACGCACAUGGCACUGGCCCUGCAGUAAUGGGGCUGGGAGGAAAUCUUAUGCUUUAAGCUUUGUCCUAAAGUUCCUACAGCUUCGGGGGAUGAAACCCAUUCCUUAAGGGCUGGGUUUUGCUCUACAGCAGUAUUGCCGCUGGCCCACGGACAGCACUAACAGGGUCGCCUCAAUGCAAAAAGGUGUUUCCUUCCGACUAGCAGCUGGGCCCACCUGGGGCUGCAUUUCACCCACUGGUGCCAUGUUCUGCUUAAAAGUGCCACUGUGGCUGCAGUCCAAGAACUGGUGAAGCAGCGGGAGAAGGCCAGAGCAGCAUGGACUGACCUGGGAUACCCACCACUGCCAUGGCCUUUGUGUAUCACUCCAUGGAGGAGCCAGGAACCAGCCACCUUCCAGCAAAUCUGCUGUUAGGACAAAGCAUUAAACACAGCCGCCAUGGACUCUUGUGCAAUGGCCCCAAGUCGGGAGGGGAGCUGUGUGUUAACACUGGAUGGCAGUGCAAUGAAUCACUUAUGAAUGUAUUGUAAUAUCACUGCCUGGACCAGCCCUGGUCCCCGCAGAGCAAGUUAUAGGGCCUGGCUUUGGGGAUUGUCUUGUGAGGGUUGGAGUUGUACCUCCAUCACCCACCUUUGUCCUGCUGUGUGUGCCCCAGAUAGAGCCAUGCACCCAGGAGGCUGGGGCAGGUGUCAAGGGAAACAGCCUGCCUGUGCUCUCUGCAGGCGGGGUGGGGUAGUGCUGAACUCUUGUGCGCUAACCUGUGAUCCAGUGGGUGGUGUGUAUAGUGACUGUGAAUGUAGGGAUGGGGUGGGGGGAGGGUGUACAUGGGGGUGUUUAAAUGACCAUUUCCCCAGAGGUAGCUGCUGCCCUAUAUAGUCUCCAUAGCAUGGGCUGGGCUAGGCUGGGCCCAGGGGGGAGGGGUAAGAGCCUGGGAUGGGAAAGGCCAGAACGGUUAGGCUACUGCAAUGUUCCCUCUGGUCACCACAUAAUGCAGGGGGAGGGGGGUUCGACGUUGCCCUUCUACCCUUCAUGCAGCCCCAGGGACAGGGUGUCUCCCUCGGCUUGGUCCAAACUGAGCAUAAAUCACCAUUAGGCCGACCUGGCACCAUUCAUCUCCUUCCUGCAACUCCCCAAGAGGCAGGGCUGUAAUGGGAGCACUGCCCCACAUGCUGCUGUUCCUGCAGUGAUAAGUCCCUGCAGAGCUCAGGUCAGCAGGUGCCACCCACACCUUCAAGACUGCUAAGCAGGGGACACCUAAUGGCAUCACUGCCCAGGAACAGGGUUUAGCCCCGAGGCCAGGAGCAAGAAGAACUUGUCCUAGCCUCCUCAGUUUGCACCAAAUUUAGUCAGACAAGAAAGUGGGCUCCCCUCUGAUCUCUGGCCUCAGCCAGUGGCCCAGUACAGCUGAUGGGGGCCCCUGCUGUGGGAGGCUGGAGCCAGAAGCAGCCUGUUUAUAUUAACAGGACAUUUAUGUGUGCCGGUAACUGAAUUGGCCAGGAGCUGGCAGCAGCAGCAGCAGCUCCUGCCCUACUGUAAAUUAAGUCGUGCCAGGGAGAGGCUUCAUUGCAGUGAGACCCAGGACCUAGGCCAAAAGCAGCCAGCCCCAUGCACUGUUAGCAGUGUUUGUGAAAUCCUCUGUGGCCUUACGCUACUGUCCAGUGGUGGGGGGUGGGGCAGGUACUGGCUGAUUAGAAGCAGAGGGCUGGGAAGCAAGAGUGGAGGCAGCAGUAGGUGAGAAGAUUGGAGACCCUUCCCCCCCUUCAAAAAAAGCCCCUGCCCUUGAGUUUUGCUUGACUGUGUCUUAGCCUGUUUGUUAUGGGCAGGCUGAAGGCAGGAAUGGAAGGAGGCAGUGGGCCAGCUACACCCAGCCUGCAGAGUUUGGGGUGGGGAGUUUGCUAAAUGUAAAAGAUUAAAAAUGAUGGAAACA